UUGACUUUGCAGUCUGGGUAUGCCACAUGUGGUACUUGCAUGUGUAUUUCAUCAGUUCCUCGUUAGAAGCCGGUUAUCUUCUUUAUUGUAUUCCAUAACAUAUUUUUAAGAAUGGCCGAUGCAAAUGCAGAAAACGAAGGACCAUUAGGUCCUGAUGGGAAACCUAUAUCGAAGAAAGCCCUGAAGAAACAACAGAAACAGGCUGAAAAGGCAGCUAAGAAGGAACAGCACAAGCAGGCUGCUGGAGGAGAUGGAAAUGAAGAUGCAGAAAAAGAAGACUUUGCAAAGGACUUUUAUGGCAAGUGUCCCAUGAACCAGUCCCAGGAGAGGGUAGAGAGAGACCUCGUCCCUGUGCAGAGCCUCAUCCUGGAGCUGGCAGAGAAGAAGAAGGACGAGAAAAUAUGGUGCAGAGGAAGGUUACACACCAGUAGAAGUAAAGGAAAGCAAUGUUUCUUUGUGUUGCGGCACCAGCAUUUCAAUGUACAGGCCAUUGUUGCUGUUGGGGAGAGAGUUAGCAAACAGAUGGUGAAAUUUGUGGCAGCUAUCACAAAAGAAUCUAUCAUAGACGUUGAAGGCUAUGUGAGAAAAGUGGACCAGAAAAUAGAGAGCUGUUCUCAACAAGAUGUGGAGCUCCAUGUGGAACAGGUUUGGGUUGUGAGUGCAGCAGAACCUAGGUUACCUGUACAGAUUGAUGACCUGUCACGACCAGAGAGUGAAGAUGACCUGGCCAAAGUGAACCCGGACACCAGACUGGACAAUCGCAUCCUGGACCUGCGUACUGCCACCAGUCAGGCUAUCUUUAGACUGCAGGGAGGGGUAUGCCGGCUCUUCAGGGACACACUGACCGCCAAGGGGUUCACUGAGAUACACACACCCAAAAUUAUCUCAGCUGCCAGUGAGGGAGGGGCCAAUGUAUUCACAGUAAGCUACUUCAAGGGCAGUGCUUAUCUGGCACAGUCGCCACAACUGUACAAGCAGAUGGCCAUAGCAGGGGACCUGGACAAAGUGUUCACUGUGGGGGCAGUGUUCCGUGCUGAGGAUUCCAACACACACAGACAUCUGACAGAGUUUGUAGGCCUGGACGUGGAGAUGGCGUUCAAGUAUCACUACCAUGAAGUGAUGGACGUCAUUGGGGACUUGUUUGUCAAUAUUUUCAAGGGACUCAGGGACAACUUUCAAACAGAAAUUGAGACUAUAAACAAGCAAUACAAGAGUGAACCAUUCAAGUUCUUAGAGCCAUCGCUCAGGCUGGAGUAUCCCGAAGCUGUGAAACUUCUGAGAGCUAAUGGAGUUGAGAUGGGGGAUGAAGACGAUCUUACCACUCCUGCUGAGAAACUGCUGGGUAGACUGGUAAAACAAAAGUAUGACACUGACUUCUUUAUGUUGGACAAGUAUCCCCUGGCUGUUAGACCCUUCUACACUAUGCCUGACCCAAAUAGCACGAAAUAUUCCAACUCCUACGACAUGUUCAUGCGAGGAGAAGAAAUUCUCUCUGGUGCCCAGCGAAUACACGACCCCGACUUCCUGUCAGAGAGAGCAAAGGUUCAUGGGAUAGACUUGGAGAAAAUUCGUGCUUACAUUGACUCUUUCCGCUAUGGGUGCCCACCUCACGCUGGAGGAGGAAUAGGUAUGGAGCGUGUGACCAUGUUGUACCUAGGUUUGGACAAUGUGAGGAAGACGUCCAUGUUCCCCCGUGAUCCAAAGCGCAUCACACCAUAAUGUCAUACAGAAAGGUUGCCAAGUGUUCCAUACAUCACUGUACUAUGCUGUACUUGUUAAGGAUGGAUAUUUGUCCAUCGGCAUAUCGUUGUUAAAUGUGAACACUUGUAAUAUAACAUUAUUCAGAAUAUGCGGCCAUAACUCAGCACUAGACUUAUUUAAGAUAUUGUCGUUAACUAUGUGCUCUACAUGGGCAAACAAUGCCAAAAAGUCACUAAAGAUGUUUAACAUCAACAGAAUUGUGCAACAUCUCUAAUUUGAUAUCUAGAGAGGAUUUUAUAUGAAUUGUUUUGUACAACAAAGGCACCCUUAAUGAUAUUUUUUAUUUUUGCAGUGUUUGCCAAGCAAUAUUUAUUGUGAUUAAAACUGGAUUUAACUACUUGGUGAAUUAUAUGUGAUGGUGCAAUUUGGAGUGUCUGGGACCUUGUGUCCCAGGAUAAGUUAUGUCAAAAAUUGGUCUUGGUUUAAACUGCCAAGAGCCUAAACUGACUUUCACAGAAAAUCUCAAGGGCUGCUUACCUCAAUUUUUGCAGUCUCAAAAUGCAGCCCUUUUCCAAGAUUAAUCACUAAUUUGUUUACUCUGAUAUCUGAUGACAGUGGUGAGUGACAGUAACCUGUGUAGGUAUGUCAUCUACAGUUAUUGUGGACCAAGCUUUGCUAUUAGACAUAUAUCACAAAAGUUAUUUACUUAGUCAGCUAUUCAGUUUCCAGCAUUUGACUAAACCCACAAUCUUUCUAAAUGUGAACCCUGCUUAAAUUUGUGUAUUAAUUCCAGGGAAAUUUAUUUGUAACUACUGAAAUUGUUUUCAUUUUCUGUUGAAAAUAAAAUGUACAGUUACAAAAUA